GAAGUGUGGCGGGCGCUGCGGCCUCGGGGCGGCGGGAGCCGAGCGGGCGGGCGGCGGAGCGCGGCCCGGAGUCAGCAUGCGGGUGGCCGUGGCCGGCUGCUGCCACGGCGAGCUGGACAAGAUCUACGAGACGCUGGCGCUGGCCGAGCGGCGCGGCCCGGGGCCCGUCGACCUGCUGCUGUGCUGCGGCGACUUCCAGGCGGUGCGCAACGAGGCCGACCUGCGCUGCAUGGCGGUGCCGCCCAAGUACCGCCACAUGCAGACCUUCUACAGGUAUUACUCGGGAGAGAAGAAGGCCCCAGUUCUCACGAUUUUCAUCGGGGGUAACCAUGAGGCCUCCAAUCAUUUGCAGGAGUUACCCUAUGGCGGCUGGGUGGCGCCCAACAUUUAUUACUUGGGUCUGGCUGGUGUGGUGAAGUACCGAGGGGUGCGGAUUGGUGGACUCUCAGGAAUCUUCAAAUCUCAUGACUAUCGCAAAGGUCAUUUUGAAUGCCCCCCUUAUAAUUCAUCUACGAUAAGAAGUAUAUAUCACGUGAGAAAUAUUGAAGUCUAUAAAUUGAAACAGCUAAAGCAGCCUGUGGAUAUAUUCUUAUCUCAUGACUGGCCAAGAAGUAUAUAUCAUUAUGGAAAUAAGAAGCAACUUCUUAAGGCUAAAUCAUUUUUCCGGCAAGAAGUAGAAAAUAACACGCUGGGGAGCCCCGCCGCGUCUGAGCUCCUGGAGCACCUGAAGCCCGCGUACUGGUUCUCCGCGCACCUGCACGUGAAGUUCGCCGCCGUGAUGCUGCACAAGGCCAAGGAUCAAGGACAGCCAGCCAGAUCGACCAGAUUUUUAGCCUUGGACAAAUGCUUACCACAUAGAGACUUUCUCCAGGUCUUGGAGAUAGAGCAUGACCCGAGCGCGGCUCCUGUCUUGGAGUAUGACGUCGAGUGGCUGGCUGUGCUCAGGGCCACCGAUGAGCUCGUGAACGUGACUGGAAGGCAGUGGAACAUGCCUCAGGAUAACGGCCUGCAUGCGAGGUGGGAUUAUAGUGCGACAGACGAGGCUAUGAAGGAAGUAUUGAAGAAACUGAAUCAUGACCUCAAAGUUCCGUACAACUUCAGUGUCACCGCUGCUUGCUACGACCCUGGCAAGCCCCACGCUCCAGCGCAGCUGCUCCACAGGAUCAGUCCGCAGACCACAGAGUUCUGUGCCCAGCUGGGCAUCACAGACAUUAACGUCAGGCUGCAGAAGGCCCGGGAAGAGCACCCCUCGGGCGGGGAGUGUGACGAGCAGGGCGUGGACAGUGACGCCUCCGGCGAGGACCGGAGUGAGUGUCACACGGACGUGUCGGCCUUGUCCUCUGUCAAUCCAGACGAAAUCAUGUUGGACGACGAGGACGAGGAGGGGGAGGAGAGUAUUGUGAGUGCACACAGUAACGUGGAUACGCUGUCUACGGAGCAUUCUUCUGACCAAGCAUCUGACUUUUCUACGAGCUUCUCUGGCAUCAGGAGCUUGCCCGGAUCCAUGGCUGUAUCUUCUGAUGACACGCUGAAUUCCCUCACUGGUGGAGAGGGGAAGCUUGAGGAGGCUGAGGAGCCCGAGGAUGGAAAGGACUCACCUGAACGGCCAUUGAAGCGACUGAGUGAUGAACACGAGCCUGAACAAAGAAAGAAAAUCAAGAGGCGAAAUCAAGCCAUCUAUUCUGCGGACGGCGAAGACGCGGCGACGGGCGACAGUUAACGCCCAGUGCUCCAUCGAGUCCAUACGGGAUUUUAGAGCCCAUUUUUAAAGUUGAAUUUUUGACUCAAGAACUUAACUUUGUAAUAAUGAAGUUAUUCCAGAAAAUUUGCAAUAGAGAUUGACUUUGUCUUUAGGCCUCUGUACAUAUUGGACGUGUGCAUUAAAAUGUCAUAUGUAC